AUGUCUCUCCCUCUCCCGCCGAAAAUAUUUCUUCCACCGUCAAAAUCUCCACCGACUCAUCAUCACCAAGCUCCGCCACCGCUUGCACCGCCACGCGCUGCCAUAUCUAUAGCCAUCCCGGAAACCGGUUUAGGACGUACCGGCACCAUCCACGAAGAGUCCACUUCUUCAGCUUUUCGCGACUACCAGUCUUUAUUCAUGUCACAACGUUCUGAGACAGUCGAACCGGUCGUAAUUAAACCAAUAGAAGGCUCAAUACCGGUUGAUUUCCCUUCCGGUACGUAUUACUUAGCCGGUCCAGGACUUUUUGAAGACGACCAUGGGUCAACGGUCCAUCCAUUAGACGGUCACGGUUAUCUACGUGCUUUUCACAUCGACGGAGACAAACGUAAAGCAACGUUCAUGGCGAAGUACGUUAAGACAGAAGCUAAAGAAGAAGAACACGAUCCAAUAACUGACACGUGGCGGUUUACUCACAGAGGUCCUUUCUCGGUGUUAAAAGGUGGGAAACGGUUCGGAAACACCAAAGUAAUGAAAAACGUGGCUAAUACUAGCGUUUUGAAAUGGGCUGGGCGAUUGCUUUGUUUAUGGGAAGGUGGUGAACCUUAUGAGAUUGAAUCUGGUUCGUUGGAUACCGUCGGGAGGUUCAACGUUGCGAUCAACGGCUGUAAUGAUGAUGAUGAUGAUGAUGAUUCCGACAGAGAUGUUGCUGGUCAUGAUAUAUGGGACACAGCCGCAGGGUUGUUGAAACCCAUACUUCAAGGUGUGUUUAAGAUGCCACCAAAACGUUUCUUGUCACAUUAUAAAAUCGACGAUCGAAGGAAAAGACUUUUAACGGUGACUUGCAACGCUGAAGAUAUGCUCUUACCUCGUAGCAACUUCACAUUUUGUGAGUAUGAUUCGGAAUUCAAGUUGAUACAAACGAGAGAAUUCAAGAUUGAUGAUCAUAUGAUGAUUCAUGAUUGGGCCGUCACAGAUACUCACUACAUACUCUUUGCCAACAGAGUCAAGCUUAAUCCAAUUGGUUCCAUGGCGGCUAUGUGUGGGAUGUCACCUAUGGUAUCAGCGUUAUCGUUAAACCCAAGCAACGAGAGUUCUCCUAUUUAUCUCCUCCCAAGAUUUUCCGAGAAAUCUAUAGGGAGUAGAGACUGGAGAGUGCCUGUGGAAGUGUCUUCUCAGUUAUGGCUAAUUCACUCUGGUAACGCUUAUGAGACUAGAGAGGAUAACGGUGAUUUACAGAUUCAAAUACAAGCUUCUGCGUGCUCAUACCGUUGGUUUGAUUUUCAGAAAAUGUUUGGAUAUGAUUGGCAAAGCAGCAAGCUGGAUCCUUCUGUUAUGAAUCUAAGCCGUGGCGAUGACAAACUACUCCCUCAUCUAGUUAAGGUGUCGAUGACCUUGGAUGCUAUUGGAAACUGCAAGAGCUGUGACGUAGAUCCUCUAAACGGUUGGAACAAGCCGUCAGAUUUUCCGGUUAUCAACUCAUCAUGGUCAGGAGAAGAGAACAAAUACAUGUAUUGUGCAUCCUCUUCGGGAACUCGACGUGAACUUCCUCAUUUCCCUUUCGACAUGGUCGUGAAGUUUGACCUAGACUCGAAAACUGUGCGUACUUGGUCUACCGGAGCUAGGAGAUUCGUCGGUGAACCAAUGUUUGUCCCUAAGAGCUCUAACGAAGGAGAAGAAGACGAUGGUUACAUUAUCGUCGUCGAGUAUGCGGUUUCGGUGGAGAGAUGUUUCCUUGUGAUUUUGGAUGCGAAGAAGAUCGGUGAAUCUGAUGCGGUCGUGACGAGAUUAGCAGUUCCGAGGAAUUUAACGUUUCCUAUGGGGUUUCACGGUUUAUGGACUAGCGAUUAA